GCGCUAGGACUCCACGCGUGCGAUGGCCACGGCCGCGUCCCCCAGAUGCGCGAGUCAGGGAGCCGGCACCCCGGCCUGACUCAUCCUUCUCCCGCGGUGACCGCGCGGCGUCCUCAGCCUGAGCCCCGCGGGGAUGGGGAGUGAGACCGAGGCUGUCCGCUGUUGCCCGGAUUCCGCCUGACGCCCCCGACCCCGCCGCCUCCCACGCUGGUCCCGGGAGGCGCACGCCGUCGCAACAGCUGCGGGAGCGAAGAACCCCGAGAGGCCACCGAAGCCCCGAGACACGGCGCUCAGGACAGGUGAGGGGAUCACCAGGGCGCCGAGGGACUUGCAGAGGUGGGUGGGCGAACCCCGCAGCGGUAUUCCCGGCUUCUGAAGCCUCCUCUCCUCCCUUCCGCUUUAGCCUGCAGAGUUAGGGGAAACGCUGACUCCCAAAGUUUGGGGAAUGAACCAAGUCCGCCAUCAGUUCCAGACUUCUUGGUCGCUAGAGCACAGGAGAGGUGGUGCGGGCAGCCUAGGAGCGCCUGGCUCCGUGUGUCUUCUUCGAGCUACACCCUCCUUUGUCUAGGUUCCAGAGUCAGCAUUCUUUGUGAGCAUGUCUAUGGCGUUAAUCUACGGUAGAACAAAGUGUGGGCAGGGGUUCUUAGAACAGUAUUUCGGUGUGUGGUCUUGCCUACAUAAGAAAAACGAAGAGCAGAAGCAGUUAUCCCUGGGAUUCAGCAAGACUCCUCCCCAGAGUCUGCCUUAAGUGAAAGGACUCUCCAAGAGCACAAGAGGAAGCUAUGAUUGCCACUGGGGGAGUUAUCACUGGUCUAGCAGCCCUGAAGCGGCAGGACUCGGCCAGGUCCCAGCAACAUGUCAACCUCAGCCCAACGCCUGCUGCUCAGGACCAGAAGCCAGUCCGAAGGCGCCCGCGUGCUGAUGUUGUGGUGGUUCGUGGGAAAAUCCGGCUUUAUUCUCCAUCUGGGUUUUUCCUCAUUCUGGGAGUGCUGGUGUCCAUCAUAGGGAUCGCCAUGGCAGUGCUUGGAUACUGGCCCCAGAAGGAGCAUUUCAUUGACGCAGAGACCACCCUGUCCACCAAUGAGACACAGGUGGUUCGGAACCAGGGCGGCGUGGUGGUGCGCUUCUUUGAGCAGCAUCUGCACUCUGACAAGAUGAAGAUGCUUGGCCCAUUCACUAUGGGCAUCGGCAUCUUCAUUUUCAUCUGUGCCAACGCCAUCCUUCAUGAGAACCGCGACAAAGAAACCAAAAUCAUCCACAUGAGGGAUAUCUACUCCACGGUCAUCGACAUCCACACACUGAGACUCAAGGAGCAGAAGCAGAUGAAUGGCUUGUAUGCGGGCUUGCUGGGAGAUGCGGAGGUGAAGCAGAAUGGCAGUCCCUGCGCAUCCAGACUGGCCGCCACCACCUUGGCGUCUUUCUCAGGGAUGCGCAACAGCUUCCGUGUGGACAGCUCGGUGGAGGAGGAUGAGCUGAUGCUGAGUGAAAGUAAGAGCCUGGGGCAUCUCAUGCCCCCUUUGCUAUCUGACAGCGCAGUCUCUGUCUUUGGCCUUUAUCCACCUCCAUCCAAGACCACCGAUGACAAGACCAGCAGUUCCAAGAAGUGUGACACCAAAUCGAUCGUGUCGUCAUCCAUCAGUGCUUUCACACUGCCUGUGAUCAAACUUAAUAACUGUGUCAUUGAUGAGCCCAGCAUAGACAGCAUCACCGAGGUCGCAGACAACCUCAAAAGCAGGUCCAGGAAUCUUUCGAUGGAUUCACUUAUGGUCCCACUGCCCAGCUCUAGUGAGUCCUUCCAGCCCUCCAGCACAUUACUCCCAAGGAACAAUUCGGUUGGUGAAUCCCUAUCAAGUCAAUACAAGUCUUCUGUGGCCCUGGGACCCGGGACUGGGCAGCUGUUGUCUCCUGGAGCUGCCAGAAGACAGUUUGGAUCCAAUACAUCCUUACAUUUCCUCUCCUCUCACUCCAAAUCCCUAGACUUAGAGCGGGGUCCCUCCACGCUCACAGUGCAGGCAGAACAAAGGAAACACCCGAGUUGGCCUCGGCUGGAUCGAAGUAACAGCAAAGGGUAUAUGAAACUGGAGAACAAAGAGGACCCCAUGGAUCGGUUGCUGGUUCCUCAAACAGCGAUCAAAAAAGACUUCACUAAUAAAGAGAAACUUCUUAUGAUAUCAAGAUCCCAUAACAACUUGAGCUUUGAACACGAUGAGUUUUUGAGUAACAACUUGAAGCGGGGAACUUCUGAAACCAGGUUUUAGUGUUUAAAAAUAGAUGUUUUUCGAAGGAGAUAUAUAUAGAUAUACUAUUUUCACCAGUGUUUUCCUUCCUAAAACAUUGGUUUUAAGCCUUUUAAAUCAAAUGGUAGUGUGUUAGAAAUGGUUGGUUUAUUCUGUAAUGAAGACGGCUGUAUGUAUGGAUUCCUUUACCUGCGGUACUGUAGGUUACCAUGGGGGAUUUUGUUUUCUCGCUCUUUGAAAGCAUGGUUUCUUUUGUUGACGUGAAGACAAAAUACCUGCAUUCAUAUUAAGAACUUGGCUUUCCUUUUAAAUCCUAUUGCGAUUAUCAUCUCCAUGGAAUGAAGUGGCCAGUGCAGAAAGUGUAGAGUACCAAAGUGUGGGCAAGAAGUGUUCAGUUCAGGUCCAAUACUCAACAGAUGCAUUUGUAAAUGAGGGUGAGUGCAAUCUUAAGAUGGAUUUUUUCUGAAUUAUUGUUUUAUAUGGGAUUGCUUGUGUCACUCAAAAAGAGAACCAAUUUCUGUUACAUCUGCUGUAAAUCUUACUCUUAGCUCUUUGUAGGCAGUAGCUCCUUUUCAAUACCAGUUCUGAUGGGAUGAUAUUUUAAUAAAAGAAACGAUGGCUGAGAAGGUCAUGGUUUGGGGAUAGAUAUCAAAAAGCUGUUAGCCUCAGAAGCAAAACUUCUCCACAAACUGAUUUGAAAAUUGUGUGAACCAAUGGAGUAUGUAGAAUUUCUGUGUUGACACAUGCAAAGAAAAUGCUGCCUAAGGGAUGGAGAUAAUAUUUGCUAGUAUCUAACUUUUUCUAGCCAUCUGCUAUUGUCUAUAGUCCAGUAUCCACUCAUUCCCAUAUCCUUAUUUCCCUCCAAUAUUUUUUUAUUAUUUGAAAAAUAGUCAGCUAACUGUGGCAUUCCUUUAUAUUUCCACAUACCACUAGGUUGGUUGUUAAAGAACCUAAUAAACUGCCUUGUAAUUUAGUUUGUGAUAGAAAACCUCCUGCUCAUUCCAAAGACCUUCCAAUGAUUGAAGAAAUUUUUAGGGUUGUGGUUCUCAACGAUAUUAAAUGGUCAAAUUUACUGAAUAUAUUAAAUACUUCAGUAUUUAGUAAUACUGGGUGUUUCCAUCAUACGUUUUUCAUGUUUUCCAUGGAAGUAAGAUGGUUUUCAGAAUUGUUUGCUGGGGUCCUAGAAGGGCGACUCAGCAGUUAAGAACAUUUGCUGCUCUUAAAGAGAACCCUGAUCCUAUGCCUAGCAUCCACAUGGGUGGCUCACGAUCAUUGCAACUCCAGUUUCAGGGGAUCUAACACUCUCCUCUGGCCUCCGUGGGCACCAGGCAUGCAUAUGGCAUACAUGUAUACAUGCAGGCAUUUAUACAUAUAAAAAUAUCUUUUGAAAAAUGUCAAAUGGAAUACUCAGGAAAUUUUACUGGUUUUCCCCAAAGCAUAAACAUCUCUGAAUAUUGCCAUUGCUAGGAAGAGCAGAAAGAGUACAUCGGUAAGAGUGACUGCCCAAAAUCCCACCCUGUGUUUACAGAGAUAACUUCUUUCUUGAAAGGUACUCUGCUUCGUAGAACCUCAAGCCUGUGUGUUACAAUAUAAUAAGCUCAAUAUUUUACUAUAAAAACAUUUAAUAAACUGCUGUUAUUCAUA